AAAGAAAAAAAAAACAGUGCAUUGUAAGGGUUACAAAUCUAGCCCUAACCUGCUAAAGUGCCCCUUGCCCAGCUUCGCCGCUUUCAUCGCCACCUUGAUCCUUGUUGAGAGAUGGCAGACCGAUUGACUCGAAUCGCUAUCAUAAGUGAAGACAGGUGUAAGCCGAAGAAAUGUCGCCAGGAGUGUAAGAAGAGUUGUCCUGUUGUCAAGACUGGGAAACUUUGUAUUGAGGUUGCUCCUACUUCCAAGACUGCUUUCUUAUCCGAGGAGCUGUGUAUAGGAUGUGGUAUCUGUGUUAAGGUACUUACGCCUAGGCUAUAUCUUUUUUCUACAUUGAAUGAUUUUGUCUCCCUGAUUUGUUGGUGCACCAUUUUGCAGAAAUGCCCGUUUGAAGCUAUUCAGAUUAUCAAUCUUCCUAAGGACUUGGAGAAAGAUACAACCCAUCGUUAUGGUGCUAAUGGUUUUAAACUGCACAGGCUUCCAGUUCCAAGGCCGGGGCAAGUCCUUGGUUUGGUUGGAACAAACGGUAUUGGAAAAUCUACAGCUCUCAAAAUUUUGGCUGGAAAACUCAAACCAAAUCUUGGCAAAUUUAAUAAUCCUCCUGACUGGGAAGAUAUUUUAACUCGCUUCCGCGGGUCAGAACUUCAAAGCUACUUCAUCCGAGUCGUAGAAGAGAAUCUAAAGACUGCUAUAAAGCCACAACAUGUCGACCACAUCAAAGAAGUUGUUCGAGAUAAUCUUGGCAAGGUGCUUGAGAAGCUGGACGAGAGAGGAAUGGUGGAAGAGAUUUGUGCUGAUAUGGAGUUGAACCAGAUCCUGGAGCGUGAAGCAAGACAAGUAUCUGGUGGGGAGCUGCAGAGGUUUGCGAUUGCCGCAGUUUUCGUAAAGAAGGCUGAUAUAUACAUGUUUGAUGAACCAUCUAGUUACCUCGAUGUGAGGCAGAGACUCAAAGCUGCUCAAGUUAUACGCUCACUCCUCAGACAUGACAGCUACGUAAUUGUUGUGGAGCACGACCUCAGCGUCCUUGACUAUCUCUCCGAUUUCGUUUGCUGUUUGUAUGGGAAACCAGGAGCAUAUGGUGUCGUGACUCUCCCCUUUUCUGUCAGAGAAGGAAUCAAUGUGUUCUUGGCCGGGUUUAUCCCCACAGAAAACUUGCGUUUCAGGGAUGAAUCUCUGACCUUCAGGGUUUCUGAUACUCCACAAGAGACUGAUGGGGAAGUGAAGUCCUAUGCAAGAUACAAAUACCCAAACAUGAGUAAGCAACUUGGGGGUUUCAAGCUGCAAGUUAUGGAAGGGGAGUUCACAGACUCUCAGAUUAUUGUAAUGCUCGGAGAGAAUGGUACAGGGAAAACGACCUUCAUCCGCAUGCUGGCAGGCGCAUUCCCACGUGAAGAGGGUGUUGACUCGGGGAUGCCGGAGUUUAAUGUGUCGUACAAACCGCAAGGCAAUGAUUCGAAGCGCGAGUGUACAGUAAGACAGUUGCUACAUGAUAAGAUCCGUGAUGCAUAUACGCAUCCUCAGUUUGUGUCAGAUGUAAUAAGACCGCUUCAGAUUGAGCCGUUGUUGGAUCAAGUGGUAAAAACUCUGUCGGGUGGAGAGAAGCAGAGGGUUGCCAUUACUCUAUGCCUUGGGAAGCCCGCUGAUAUCUAUCUGAUUGAUGAGCCAAGUGCGCAUUUGGACUCAGAGCAGCGGAUCACAGCUUCAAAGGUGAUAAAACGGUUUAUCCUGCAUGCAAAGAAAACAGCGUUUAUCGUAGAGCAUGACUUUAUUAUGGCGACCUAUCUGGCGGACAGAGUCAUUGUGUACGAAGGACAGCCAGCCGUCAAGUGUAUCGCUCAUUCGCCACAGUCGCUGCUCAGCGGAAUGAACCUCUUCUUAUCGCACCUGAACAUCACAUUCAGACGAGAUCCAACAAACUUCAGGCCAAGGAUCAACAAAUUAGAGUCUACCAAGGACAAGGAGCAAAAGGCUGCGGGCUCAUACUACUACUUAGACGAUUGAUUUGAUCGGUGAGAGAGAGUGAGAGAGAGAUGUAGCUUAUGCAUAUGCCUGAAGACUUAAAUUUACCCUUCUUCGGGAAGUUUACUACUACAGUAGUAGUUUGAGACUGAAACAGCCCCUUUGAUUAUUCUGUUAGUUUCGAUAGUCCUUGUCUGCCGUCUGAAGUUGACUUUAAGCGUUAAAUACUUAAAAUAGAUUUGAUUGCGAUUGUCUUAUUCAAGUGAUAUCUUUGUCGUAUUGUUCUGUUUUUCUUUUGUUUUAGUCAACUCGUGAAAGAGAGCUCUGUUUUCUCUGUA